AUGGUGGAAUCCCUGAGAAAUGCCCCGCCGGCUGGUUCCAGUCACCGUUGUGAAGAGCAGCCAGCAUGCUCGAGCAACACCGAUACCGAAAAAUACCCAUCUUCUUCGUCUUCGUCAUCCCCAGUGCAUCCAAUUGCUCAGCUUCAAGGUCCCUUUGAAGAAUCUAUAGCCGAAGCUGUGCCUGGCUUGGCUAGUGAGUGGAUUGUGGAACUCGAUGCGCAGACACGUCGGCGGGAUUUACUGGAGAAUGACGAGUACGAGCGGUUAUGUGGGAGGAAAUGGCGGCAGAGGGAGAGUGAAAAAUACCACCCAUUCUGGAAGCUGGUCUCCCAGAUGGUAUUCGGUGUCCAUCUCCUAGCCAAACGACAAGCCAAAUCUCCCGCGGCAGUCAUGCAAAUCCUCCAAGGCCACGUCGACGAACUAGAUGGCUUCCUCCAACGAACGACCGAGGAUUUUCUAAUUAUCCACCUGGAUGUACGCACACGAAUCCAAUAUCUCAGCCUCCCACUCGGCAAUCUCGCCCUCUUCGACGAGAUGCUGGAGGACCGCAAUUUCCGACUUGCGCUGGUAUCCUACAAUGACCAGAUCGAGCAUGCGGUUGAGCGAUUCACGCUGGCGAUAACGGAUGCCCUCAAGGAUUUGCGAAAGGGAAAAGAGGCUAUGGGUGCGUUGUGGCAUUAUCUGCAGCAGUUGGGGAAUGAGGGGUGUUUUGAGACGGAUAGUCUUCGGGCUUUUUAUCAGGCUAUGAUGGAGAAUAUGGAGGGGUGGGUUGUGGCUUUGUCGAAGCUGAGGAGGCGUGGAGCGGCACUGCAAAAGGCAUUGGGUCAGCUUGCUUUUGCAGUUAUUGAAAUGCAGCGGCGGGUGGGUGUGGCUAGUCGGAAGGAUGUUUGCUCUCUCGUGAAGACUGCCAACAGAGCCUCGACACGGCCCAUGUCAGUCCGACAACGACUCUUCACAAGAAGUCCCGGUCCAGGCACACCUGGCCGCCGACCUAUUUCCGAAAAACCACUCCCUCGCGACCCAUUAUCAAAGCCCAAGUCCCGACCCGCCUCGCGAAACCUUGACGAUAGUCUCGUCGCGGAGCAAAGCCAUGCCGACCCCAACAGUACUGCCAAAUACUCCAGACGAAACAGCAUCAUGCCCCGAGUCCUCAAUCGAGCCAGAUCAUGCAGCGCCCUCAUAGAGGAAAACGAAAGCAACACCACCAACCCCUCUCCACCACGCACACCAUCCAGACUCACCCGGAAACUCUCCCGACCAUUCCUCCCCAAACGCUCCGUCAGCGAUAAAACAGACACGCAUAACCGACCAUCGACAGCACCAGCGCAAACUCUUAAAACGAGAAGUGCCUCGAUAGAACAACUCAAAGCACUAUGGGCAAAUGGCCGUCCACGAACUCAGCAGUCAAUGGGUAGACCACCACCUGCAGCAGCAGGAGGAGUUCCUCCUCCAUCACGACCACAAACCUCCCAACGAAAGUACUCCCACUCCCAACCAGACGGCCUCGACACAAUGAAAGACCAAAUCUCCCACUUCCUAAAAACAGACCGCGUCGUCGAAGCGUGGGAUAAUAUCGCCAAAACGGCAAAUUGCUGUGGCACCACCUUGGCAAAAACAAAAGAAUGGCCGAGUAGUAUCUUCCGCACAAACACAAAGUCUUCUGAGAAUCUACACGCCGGACACUCACACGGACGACAUGCCUCUGGAAGUGGCGGAGCCGGAUUGUCAACCGCUGGCGCACUCGAACGACAAAUGUCCUGGACCCAAGAACCCGAAUUCCUGAGUACGUACUCCUUCAAACAACGGCCGGAGAUAUCGCCACGGAUUCAUGUAUUGUCUAUUGCUAUUGAUGAGGAGUUGGAGAAGAGUUUUGAUAUGAGUGUGAAUGGGAAUGAGGAUGUUGCGGAGACCGGGUCGAUUAUUACUGCGUUACCUGCUGUGCCUAUUCCUGCAGUGCAGGGUAGUAUGGCUUCGCCGCGGACGGUUGGGGCUCUGGCUUGAUGAUCAGGGUUUUUAUCUUACAUGAUGGGCAAUCCAUCAUUACAUCCAUAUACUUUACUUUCUAUGAUGCGGUGAGGCGACGCAAGCCCAGGUUUUCUUGUUUUGUGGGGAGUUUGGCUUCACUUUCACCUCAAAUUGGUUACGGUACAUUGGUCUGGUUCCAGAGGAUAUAUCUCCUAUGUCAGCGUCAUUUGCGCAAGUCAAAGUCCGGCAUCAUACAGCAUCGCACAAAUCAUCAACGCUGGCUCGUUGCUCAUUAGAUUAGCUUCCUUUAUAUACCCAAUCGCGCAUAUCGCAAUCUCAUUUUCAUUCUCACAGCAUUCCAUCAUUUCUAUCCUCAAGAGGAAGAGUAGAGAUCAGGUAUUAAGGUACUGGGCGUUUCCCAUCGCAGCGACAUACUGAGACGGGGAAUAGGCAGGGAUCUUGUAAACUGUUGAAAAGUGAGG